AUGAGGUAGCUUGUCAUAAGCGUGGGAGGGGCGGGGACAGAGCUGGUUGACACUACGAAGCCCCCUUGGGGAAUACUAAAGAAUGGCCACCAGACAUGCCUAUCAAGAGGACGACCUUUGCUGUACUGUUUGUGGACUCAUUCUCAGUCAGCCAGUAGUGCUCACUUGCAAACACAGAUUCUGUAAAGUGUGCCUGAAGGACAGCUUUGAGAGCCAAGGCGGAAGGGAUUCACACUACUGUCCACUGUGUUGGCACCGCUCAUCUAUGGAUCAGAUAGUGGUGAGCAGUGUUUUGGAAAAGACCUGUGAGAGGCUUAAGGACGAAAGGCGACAAGGUGAUCCAAACGCGUGUAAAGAACAUGGGGAGAAACUCAGUCUGUUCUGUGUGGAGGACCUCCAGCCCAUUUGUGGCCUUUGUGGGAAAUCAGCUGCUCAUACUGGACACAAGAUCUACCCCACAGCGGAAGGAGCUCAAGACUGUAAGGAGGAACUGAGGACAGCUCUCAUACCUCUGAAAGAGAAGUUGAAUGUUUUCAGGAAGGCCAAAAAUGUGUGCGAAGAGAUGGUUGAGCAUGUCAAGAACCAGGCCGAACACACUGAAACACAGAUCAAAGAAGAGUUUGAGGAACUCCAUAAGUUUCUCAAGGAGCAGGAGGCCAUACGACUUCAGGCCCUAUUAACAGAGAAAGAGCAUAAGAAUCAAAUGAUAACGCAGAACAUUGAAGAUAUAAACAGUGAAAUUGCGUCACUUUCAAACACCAUAAAAAUUGUGGAGCAAGAAAUGACAGCUAAAGACAUCCCAUUUCUUCAGAACUAUAAAGAAACGAUCAAAAGGACCUGGAGAACUACUCUAGAUCCACAACUGAUCUCUGGAUCUCUCAUUGAUGUGGCCAAACACUUGGGCUCUUUGAAAUUCAAAAUAUGGGAAAAGAUGAAACGCAUAAUUAAACAUUAUCCUGUGAUUCUGGACCCCAAUACUGCUGCCAGCUGUUUCAUCCUGUCAGAGGACCUGACAGUUGUUCAAAACUCCACACAGAUUUUUAAGCUGCCGGACAAUCCAGAACGCUUUGACAUCAGUGCAGAGUUGUUGGGUGCAGAGAGUUUAUCAUCUGGCCGCCACAGCUGGGAUGUGGAGGUGAAGGACAACACCUAUUGGGUGGUGGGUGUGGCCAGUGACUCCAUCGACAGAAAGGGUAAGCAUGUCUUGACGCCAGCCGGAGGAUUUUGGACCAUUCGGUUUCGUAAUGAAGAGCACAAGGCCUGCACUGCACCCUGGGAGCCGCUGACCAUGACCAAGAAGCCGGAGGUCAUUCGAAUAGUUGUAGACAUGGACCGCUGCAAGGUGGUGUUUUAUGAUCCGGGAGUGAGAACACCUCUAUACACCUUUAAAGAUAUUAUUGCCUCCAGUGUGUUCCCCUACUUCUGCACUGCCUGCAAAGAGCAUCCCCUGAAAAUACUCCCUUCAAGGAUUUUACUGUCAACAGACACAUGAAAUAAGUGGAAAAAU